AUGGCCACCCUUAGCUCAUCCUCUACUGCUGGCUCCACCCCACCCCCUGGGCACAAUGCCCCGCCCCCGCCUCUGGACACCUCCUCCCCCAGCAUCCCCCCUGACCUUGUCACCAAAGAUCCCCCUGCUGCCCCCUGCACCUCUGAGAGCAUGAGGUCCUCAGAGCCAGGGGGACAGCCUCUGGAUUCGGGCUGUAGCCUCAUCCCACCAAAGGACUUGGGGGUGGAAGAGGACAAGGAGCAGGAGGAGGACGGAGGAGGGCUCCCUCCUGUGGACCUCAGUAACCAUUUAUUCUUCACCGCUGGCGGAGAGGCCUGCCUAGUGGCCAAGCUGUCCCUGCCGGGCGGCAGUGAACUGCUGUUACCAAAGGGCUUCCCCUGGGGUGAGGCGGGCACCAAGGAAGAGCCCAGCCUACCCCUCCCGCCCCCUGCACCCCUCACUGCCCUUCACAUCCAACAUGGCUUUGACCCAAUCCAAGGCUUUAGCUCUUCUGACCAAAUUCUGUCCCAUGAUACCUCAGCGCCAUCUCCGGCCACCUGUGAGGGAAGGGAUGGAGCCUUCUGGAGCUACCAGCUAGCACCAAACCCACCCGGAGAUCCCAAAGAUGGCCCCAUCGGGAGCAAGGGGGGAGACCGCCGGGCACUGUUCUGGCUCUGCCUCCUAUGCCGUCUGGGUUUCAGCCAGUCCCAGGCCUUCACGGGCCAUACACAGUCUCAUGGGGUGAAGCUGACCUCUGCCCAACACCAGGGCCUAAGAGGCAACCCCGCUGUGCUCCAGGAGGGGGAUGAGAGCUGCACGGCCCUCCUAAGCUUCCUGGAGCCAAAACCUCCUGCUUGCCCCACUUCAGAAAUGCCUCCUGACACCAGCAGCACAGUGAGCCUGGAGGCGGAUGUAGCCCAGACUGAGGGCGGCUGCCCGGAGGCAGAAACCCAAGCCCCGGUUCUGCCUGCAGAAGACGCCCUAUCCCUCAGUCUGCCUUCCCCACCCACUACCCCCGCCACUUGGGAUCCCAGCCCAGCCCAAGCCAAAGAAUCACCGACGGCAGCAGGGGAGGCAGGCCCAGACUGGUUCCCCGAGGGGCAAGAAGAGGAUGGAGGGCUCUGCCCCCCACUUAACCAAAGCUCACCCACCUGCAAGGAGGGGGGCGCUCUCCCCGUCCCAGCGGGCUCCCCCGGAGACCCCAGUGAGCCACCCCAGCCCUACCGCCUAGCCGAGGACUACACCCCGGCCCCCGCAGCCUUCCAGGGCCUCAGCCUGUCCAGCCACAUGUCUCUGCUUCACUCGCGCAAUUCCUGCAAGACGCUCAAGUGUCCCAAGUGCAACUGGCACUACAAGUACCAGCAGACCCUGGAUGUGCACAUGCGGGAGAAGCACCCCGAGAGCAACAGCCACUGCAGCUACUGCAGCGCCGGGGGCGCCCACCCCCGCCUGGCGCGUGGCGAGAGCUACAACUGUGGCUACAAGCCCUACCGCUGCGACAUCUGCAACUACUCCACCACCACCAAGGGCAACCUCAGCAUCCACAUGCAGUCCGACAAGCACCUGGCCAACCUGCAGGGCUUCCAGGCUGGGCCCGGGGGGCAGGGGAGCCCCCCGGAGGCACCGCUCCCGCCCUGCUCUGGGGACAAGGAACCCAAGACCAAGUCGUCCUGGCAGUGCAAGGUGUGCAGCUACGAGACCAACAUCUCUCGCAACCUGCGCAUCCACAUGACCUCCGAGAAGCACAUGCAGAAUGUCCUCAUGCUGCACCAGGGGCUGCCGCUGGGCCUGCCGCCUGGGCUGGUGGGGCCAAGCCCUCCACCCCCCACAGGCGCCCCUGCCACUCCGCCUGAUCUCUUCCAGUACUUCGGGCCGCAGGCCCUAGGGCAGCCCCAGGCUCCCUUGCCUGGCCCUGGGCUGAGGCCGGACAAGCCCCUGGAAACCCAGCUGCUUCUCAACGGCUUCCACCACCUCGGAGCGCCUGCCCGGAAGUUCCCCGCACCUGCCCCUGGCGGCUUCUCCCCGGACGCCCACCUGCCUCAGGGUCAGCUCCUGGGCUCCUUGUCCGAGGGCCUGCCCACCUCGCCGCCCCCCGAGGACAGCCCGGCUCUGAGGGUGUUCCGCUGCCUGGUGUGCCAGGCCUUCAGCACCGACAGCCUGGAGCUGCUGCUCUACCACUGCAGCGUGGGCCGCAGCCUCCCGGAGGCCGAAUGGAAGGAGGUGGCCGGUGACACCCACCGCUGCAAGCUCUGCUGCUACGGCACCCAGCUCAAGGCCAACUUCCAGCUCCACCUCAAGACCGACAAGCAUGCUCAGAAGUACCAGCUGGCAGCCCACCUGAGGGAGGGCAGCGGGGCUACGGGCACUCCCUUGCCCAUGCCCCUGGGAGAUGGGACUCCUUAUGGGUCUGUGCCCCCCCUGCACCUGCGUUGCAACAUCUGUGACUUUGAGUCCAACAGCAAGGAGAAGAUGCAGCUGCACGCCCGGGGGGCAGCCCACGAAGAGAACAGCCAGGUCUACAAGUUUCUUCUGGAGAUGGAGGGGGCCGAGGCAGGGGCAGAGCUGGGACUGUUCCGCUGCCUGCUGUGUGCCUGGGAGACGCCCUCCCGCCUGGCGCUGCUGCAGCACCUGCGGGCACCGGCCCACCGCGACGCCCAGGCCCAGCGGCGCCUGCAGCUGCUGCAGAGCGGCCCAGCAGCCGAGGAAGGGCUCUCGGCUCUUCAGAGCAUCCUUAGCUUCAGCCAUGGGCAGCUCCGGACUCCAGGGAAGGCUCCUGUUGCCCCCUUAACUGAGCCACCCACUCCUGAGGAAGAUGCCCAGAACAAGACAGAACAAUUAGCUUCUGAAGAGGCAGAGAGCAAGACUGGGCCUCCUGGAGACAGUGCCAACCAGACCACGGUGUACUGCUGUCCAUACUGCAGCUUCCUGAGCCCAGAAUCCGAGCAGGUGAAGUCUCAUGCACUCUCCCAGCAUGCAGUGCAGCCUAAGUACAGGUGCCCGCUGUGCCAGGAGCAGCUGGUGGGCCGGCCUGCCCUGCACUUCCACCUUAGCCACCUUCACAACGUGGUGCCUGAGUGUGUUGAGAAGCUGCUGCUUGUGGCCACUACUGUAGAGAUGACCUUUGCAACCAAAGUGCUGCCCGGGCCCUCUCUAAGCCCUCUGGGGGAUGGGCCUGGGCCCCUGACUCCCGGGCCAGAGCCUGCACCCGGCAGAGACCAGGCAGCAGAAGGCCCUCACCCGCCUCCAGAAGCCAGUCCCGGGCCUCUUCCUGAGCCUCCUCUGCCCUCAGCCGAGGCCCCAGACAGGCCCACAGGAAGCCCUGACCAACCCCCCUCUCCAGCCCCAUCUCCUGCCCCUCAACCUGACACCCAGGCUGAAGAAAUGGCUCCUCUACCCGCCAUGGCUGAGGAAGAAGAGGGGGCUGCUGGGGAGCCCCGCCCUGCAGAGCCAGCUCCAGCGGACUCGCGCCCCGCUCUGACCUACCGGAAGACCACCAACUUCGCACUGGACAAGUUCCUUGACCCCGCCCGGCCCUAUAAGUGCACUGUGUGUAAAGAGUCCUUCACACAGAAGAAUAUCCUGCUGGUCCAUUAUAACUCCGUCUCCCACCUGCACAAGAUGAAGAAAGCAGCCGUUGACCCCUCUGGCCCUGCCCGGGGAGAGGCUGGCUCCGCGCCCGCCACCACUGCGGCCACAGACAAGCCCUUUAAGUGCACAGUCUGCAGGGUCUCCUACAACCAGAGCUCCACCCUGGAGAUCCACAUGCGCUCAGUGCUGCACCAGACUCGUUCGCGCGGGGCCAAGACUGAUGCCAAGACUGAGGGGCCAGAGCGUGGCCAGGAAGAGCCCAAAGACGGCGAGGCUGAGGGGGAGGCGGGUGCUGAGAAGAAGGGCCCCGACCCCAGUGGCUUCAUAUCUGGGUUGCCCUUCCUGUCCCCUCCCCCCCCUCCCUUGGACCUGCACCGAUUCCCAGCCCCUCUCUUCACCCCACCGGUCCUGCCCCCCUUCCCUUUGGUGCCCGAGUCACUGCUUAAGCUCCAGCAGCAACAGCUGCUCCUGCCCUUCUACCUCCAUGACCUUAAGGUGGGGCCCAAGCUGGCACUGGCUGGGCCUGCACCCCUGCUGUCCCUGCCAGCUGCCACCCCUCCGCCCCAACCCCCACCCGCGAAGGCGGAGCUGGCUGAGCGGGAAUGGGAGCGGCCCCCCAUAGCUGAAGAGGGAACCGAGGCAGGGAAAGCCUCGCCCCCCGAACCAGCACCCAAUGAGGCAGCCCACACUGCUGCAGCCAAGGCCCUUCUAGAAAACUUCGGUUUUGAGCUGGUGAUUCAGUACAACGAAGGGAAGCAGGCUGUGCCCCCUCCUCCCACCCCACCCCCACCAGAGGCUCUGGGGGGUGGGGACAAGCUGGCCUGCAGGACCUGUGGGAAGCUCUUCUCUAAUAUGCUCAUCCUCAAGACACACGAGGAGCACGUCCACCGCCGCUUUCUGCCCUUCGAGGCCCUGAGCCGUUACGCUGCCCAGUUUCGAAAGAGCUAUGAUAGCCUGUACCCGCCCUCUGCAGAGCCCCCCAAACCUCCUGAUGGGUCUCUGGACUCACCUGCUCCCCAGCUGGGGCUACCCUUCCUGGUGCCAGACCCCGAGACAGAGGUGGGCCCUCCCCCCGAGGAACGAAGCCGGACAGGACACUGGCCCCCAGAGGAGGAGGAAAGCGCCAGAGGGCCUCUCCCUCCCUUGCUACCCGCGGGCCGCCGAUUCUCCAGAACCAAGUUCACCGAGUUCCAGACCCAAGCCCUGCAGUCUUUCUUUGAGACCAGUGCCUACCCCAAAGACGGAGAGGUGGAGCGGCUUGCGAGUCUCUUGGGCCUGGCCAGCCGUGUGGUGGUCGUGUGGUUCCAGAAUGCCCGCCAGAAAGCACGCAAAAAUGCCAGCGAAGGCGGGCCCGCACCCACCACGGGAGGCACUGGUGGAGUCUCCGGCUGCAGGCGCUGCCACACCGCCUUCUCCUGUGUGUUUGAGUUGGUGCGACACCUUAAGAAAUGCUAUGAUGACCAGCCCCUGGAAGAGGAAGAGGCAGAGAGAGGGGAAGAGGAGGAGGAAGUAGAGGAGGAAGAUGCAGAGGAGGAACAGGGCCCGGAACCCCCAAAAUGUCCCAAGGGCCCAUCACCAGAACCUCCAGACAGGGAAGAGCUGAGCCAAGCAGAAGCCACAAAGCCAGAGGGCAGAGAGCCCGGAGGGAGGGCUUCCCCCUCCCCUUCCCCAGCCCACGCCUGUGACCAGUGCGCCACAUCUUUCCCCAGCCAGGACCUGCUGACCAGCCACCGCCGCCUGCACUUCCUGCCAUCCAUGCAGCCCAGUGCUGCCCCCCACCUCCUAGAUCUACCCUUGCUGGUGUUUGGGGAGCGGAACCCCCUGGGGGCAGGCACUCCGCCAGUGCCAGGGCCUCCCCUCAAACGGAAGCACGAGGACGGUAGCCUGUCUCCCACGGGCAGUGAAGCGGGGGGCGGAGGGGAAGGUGAGCCCCCCAGGGACAAGCGCCUGCGCACCACCAUCCUGCCCGAGCAGCUGGAGAUCUUGUACCGCUGGUACAUGCAGGACUCCAACCCAACGCGCAAGAUGCUGGACUGCAUCUCCGAGGAGGUGGGGCUCAAGAAGCGGGUGGUGCAGGUCUGGUUCCAGAAUACCAGGGCCCGGGAGAGGAAGGGCCAGUUCCGAGGCACCCCUGGGGGAGUGCCCAAUCCGGCGGCCAAGCCCCCCCUCACACCCAGCCCUGCGCCCUUCCCCAAGUUCAACCUCUUGUUGGGCAAGGUGGAUGAUGGGACUGGGAGGGAGGCCCCCAAAAGAGAAGCACCUGCUUUUCCCUUCCCCACGGUCACCCCUGCUGCAGGGCCCCUGCCUUUCCUGCCUCCUGGGAAAGAGGCCACCGUCCCACCACCUGAGCCACCUCUGCCUCCCCCUCCUCCCCUUCCCCCCUGUGAGGAUGAGGGCCCAGAGGAACCCACAAAAGCUUCUCCAGAGAGUGAGGCUUGCAGUCCCUCUGCAGGUGAUCUGAGCGAUUCGUCUGCUUCCAGCCUGGCCGAACCAGAAUCCCCUGGGGCUGGAGGAGCCAGCGGGGGGCCAGGUGGGGCUGGGGUUCCAGAUGGAAUGGGGCAGCGGCGCUAUCGGACCCAGAUGAGCAGCCUGCAGCUGAAGAUCAUGAAAGCCUGUUAUGAAGCCUACCGCACCCCCACGAUGCAGGAGUGUGAGGUGCUGGGAGAGGAGAUUGGGCUCCCCAAGAGAGUCAUCCAGGUGUGGUUCCAGAAUGCUCGGGCCAAGGAAAAGAAGGCCAAACUGCAGGGGGCAGCCGUCGGCGGGGCCGGGGGCAGCAGUGAGGGCCCCUCCGGAGCCCAGCGCACUGACUGCCCCUACUGCGAUGUCAAGUACGAUUUCUAUGUCUCCUGCCGAGGCCAUCUCUUCUCCCGCCAGCACCUGGCCAAACUCAAGGAGGCGGUCCAAGCCCAGCUGAAGAGUGAAAGCAAGUGCUACGACUUGGUCCCAGCACCUGAGGCAGCUCCGGCUCCCAAGGCCCCACCUGCCACACCUGCCACACCUGCCUCUUUGCCCCUGGGGGCUGCCCCAGCCCUGCCUCGAAUGGCCCCAGUCCUCUUGCCCGGCCCGGCUCUGGCCCAGCCCCCACUGGGCAGCUUAGCUCCUUUCAGUUCAGGCCCUGCAGCCUCCUCAGGCCUCCUCGGCCUCGCCACUUCGGUUCUGCCUGCUACCACAGUGGUCCAGACAGCUGGCCCAGGCUGCCCCUUACCUCAGAGAUCUGUGCCCGACCAAAUCAACGCCUCCACAGCAGGCACCACUGACCCUGCCCCAGGCCUGUCUCCUGAGCCCUCUGGGGACAAGGUCUCUGGUGAGCGAAAACCAAUUGCAGCCCCCACCAACUCCUCCACCGAUGCCCUCAAGAACCUCAAAGCAUUGAAGGCCACUGUCCCAGCUCUGUUGGGGGGCCAGUUCCUGCCCUUCCCACUGCCCCCUGCAGGAGGGGCCACACCGCCGGCUGUCUUUGGCCCCCAGUUACAAGGAGCCUACUUCCAGCAGCUUUAUGGCAUGAAGAAGGGGCUGUUUCCAAUGAACCCCGUGAUACCUCAGACCCUCAUCGGACUACUCCCCAAUGCCCUCCUCCAGCCACCGCCCCAGCCCCCUGAGCCCACAGCCACGGCACCUCCGAAGCCUCCUGACCUGCCCGCACCGGGGGAGGGGGAGACCGGGGAGGCGGAGGAGCUGCUGGCAGGCAGCCCUGGCAUCUCCACCGUGGACGUGACCCACCGCUACCUGUGCCGCCAGUGCAAGAUGGCAUUUGACGGGGAGGCUCCAGCCACGGCUCAUCAGAGAUCCUUCUGCUUCUUUGGGCGGGGCUCUGGGGGUUCCAUGCCCCCCCCACUUCGGGUGCCCAUCUGCACUUACCACUGCCUGGCGUGUGAGGUGCUGCUGAGUGGGCGCGAAGCCCUGGCCUCCCACCUGCGCUCCUCGGCCCACAGGCGAAAGGCAGCCCCACCCCCAGGGGGCCCACCCAUCAUCGUCACCAACACUACCACCGCCGCCACCGCUGCCGUGGCUUUUGCCAAAGAGGAAGCAAGAUUACCUCACACGGACUCCAACCCAAAAACUACUACUACCUCUACACUUCUAGCUUUAUAA